AUGACAUUUGGAUAUUUCUUUUCUUUAUUUCAUACAAAAAUGCAAUCUACACCAUUUUCUACUUCAACAUCUUCAUCAUGGAUGACAUCGAAUAAUAAUUCAAAUUUAAAUACAAAUAAUUCAAAUUUUUGGUCAAAUGGAGGUUCUCGAAAACGUAAAGUAGCUGUAACUGAUUUAGACGAAAAAAUAAAUCAAAAAAUGUUUGUAACAGAAGAAAAAAUGGUUAAAGAAAUGCAAACACUUUCAUUAGAUUUACUACCUUCACUUAAUAAUAAUAAUAAUAAUAAUACUAUACCAAUAACAACAUCAUCAAACAAUAACGAAUUGAUUCUUGAUGAAAUACAAACAAAUCAAAAAAAAGAAGAUGAUAAUACUGACGAUGAUGAUGAUGAUGAUGAAAAAGAAAAAUGUUCUGAAGAAACACGUUUUGAAUUACAUAAGUUAUUAAAAAAAUCUUUGAAAAAUGAUGAAUUGCAAGAUAGUUUAAUAAGCAAACUUUGUGACAUAGAACGGAGAAAAUUAACGAUGCAAAUUGUACCUUAUAUGCCAAUUCAUCCAGCUCAAUUAAAUAAUGAUAAAACUAAAGAACAAGAAGAAGAUAAAAUAAUUGAUAAUAAAACUUCAUCUCCUAUUAUAUCUGAUGAAAUAAAAUAUGAAAAUAAUGAUCAUAUUUUUAAAAUACCAACAAUACCAACAGCUUAUACAGUUGAAGAACCACCAUGUGAAACUACAACAAAACGAAGUUCAACAAUGAAACGAAGUUAUUCUCAAUCAAAUCAAUAUAAUAAUAGUUUAUUAGUAACUGAAUUAAAAUCUGAUGUAGAUGAUUAUUCAACAAUUCAUCAAUCACAAUCAGCUUAUUUUAUUGAUGAACCAACUACAACUCCUAUAUCACAAGCAUUAUCAAAUUCACCACUUUCAUCUGAUGGACCAUCAAUUCAAAUAGCAGAAGUUGUUGAAAAUUCAACAUCAAGUAAUGAAUUUAGCAAUGUAUUAGAUGAUGAUGAUAUUGAUAUGCAAUCAGUUGCUUCAUCGGACACAGGUGAUAAAAUGGAUGAUGAUUAA